UCCAAGCCGGAUUCUGUGACCGGGGCUGAAGAGCCCCUCCAGGCACGCCCAAAGCCCCGCGGAUCAGCUCCGAUGUGCGGGCGCUGGGGCCGCAUCCUCCGCAGCGGGGCCGGGCCCGUCCCGGGGCAGCGGGGCCGCCCCCGCCCCGCCCUCGGCGGCGAUGGGGCCGCGCUGGGCGCCGCUCCCGGUGCCCAUCCCGGUGAUGGUGAUGAUCCCGGUGAUGCUCCCGGCGCUGCUCCCGUUGCUGAUCCCGGUGCUGCUGCCGGCGGUGACCGGCGCCGGGCGGGAAUAUUCAUUACCUUAUACACCGAAGUUUGCACGAUGCAACAAUCCCAGCACUGAAUUCUAUGAUGAGGAACUUAAUAAAUGCUGCAGCCAGUGCCCUCCAGGUCAAUAUAGAACAGGGAGCUGCAGCCACACCGUGGACACCAAGUGCAGCCCCUGCAGGCCUAAAACGUACACAGCGAUCUGGAAUCGUUCUCCACAGUGCUUUGCCUGCUCACCACCCUGCAGGAAAGGGCUUGUACAGAAUCAAACAUGCACGAGGUCCCAGGACAGAAUCUGUAGCUGCCCACCCCACAAGUACUGCGUUUCCAAGCUAGACGAGUACUGUGAAGUGUGUAGAGCACAUAAAAAAUGUGGCAAAGGUUACCGGGUUUCCAGAAGAGGGACAGACAGCACAGACACAGAAUGUAAACCUUGUCCUCCAGGCACGUUUUCCCCUGAGGAAUCCUACAACACCACCUGUACACCCCAUACAAGGUGUGAAUCAGUGGCUGUUCCUGGGAACAGCAGGAAUGACACUGUUUGCAGUGACUCAGGAACAGUCACAGUUCUGCCUCACACCAUUUUGGACAAACUUCUGACCCAAAGCUCAGCUUCCCACAAACCUGAAAUAAUAACUCAACCUGUCACAUUAAACUCUGUACCUGACCUGUCCCACAUCACUGGAGCAGUAGUAGGGCCAUUGUUAUUGGUCCUGAUAAUUGCUAUUUUGGGGUAUUGCUUAGUCUCAAAAAAAAAAGCCCUUGCGUACUCUGCACCAGCUACAGAACCAGAUUUGCCUUUUCCCCCUCCAGAAAAACAGUGUGACAAAAGAGUGAGAGAUACAGAAUUGCAGAACUCCAGGAAUUCUAAACAGGAGCAACAGCAUCUCUUGGAAACUUCUGGGUCUAGCAGUAGCAUCCUGAAUGAUCCAACUGGAUGUGCAAACAUCAGUGUAAUAAAUAAAACUAAUAAUGAAAAGAAAAACCCAGGAGGAUUUCAGCAGCAACAUUCACCUCCAGAAGGUUCUAAACUCCAGAGUGGAGACAGACACAGCUCUGCGAGUUCAGAACAUUCUGGUAACGGAGGAACACAGGUGAAUGUGACGUGUAUUGUUACAUUUUGUAGCCCAGAUUGCAGCUCCCAGUGCCCUGAGCAGAAUAGUUCAACUAGCAGGGAUUAUGGACACACUCCCUGUUAUUCCCCAACAGGGGAAGAAACCCACCUUUCCAAAGAGGAAAAUGCCUUGAAAAAAGAGACUGAAAUUCACAUCCCAGUGGAAAAUGAGGACAAUUUACUUCAAAACUUACUUCCAGAAGAAAAGAAGAUUCCUCUUGGUAUUCAAGAUGCUGGGAUGAAAACCAGUUGAAGGAAAUUACAGAUCCAUAUGCUGAUUGACUGAUAAAAUUAACUGAACCUCUUGUUUUAUAAAACAAACAUUAUGGUAAAUGUAGCUUUCUUACAGAGAUUUGAAAUUUCAGAUGAAUAUAGACACUGAUGCUUUUGAGGUUUUUAUCAUCUUCUGUCGCUUUGCAGUUUAAAAGAAAAAGCAUUCAAACUUUUAAAAACUGAAUGGCCAACUCCUCCCUUUCUUCUAUGAUACCCUAAAAGGACCUUUAUGAGACUUGAAAAGGAAUAUUUUUCCAACUUUAUGCUGCUAUGUUUUCCCCUGAGACCUCUUGUGAUGAUGAUUUUUAUUCAAGGCUGCCACGUGUCAAGAACAUGGCUGUGACCAGCAUUUCUAAGGAACUGGAGUUAAAUUAUCAUUUUUUCAAUGCUCAGGAAUCAUCAGUUUGAUUUGAAUUUUAAAGGUGUUGCAUUCAGUUUCCUAUCCUAUAUCUUAGUUGGCAUACUUUCCCUCUUCCUCCUGGAUAUUUGUAUUAUUAUUACAGUUUGGUUUUUCUCAUUAUCAGAACAAACUUCUCAAGUACAUAUAGGAUAUCAGGAAGCUUUUUUUUAAAACUAAAAUUACAAUUGUUAUGUCUAAACAACAGCAAUUCAUUGCCUGUACAUAGUUCAUUUUGUUUUAGAAGGGAGAACCUAGAUUGAACUGUUUUUAUCUUGGAGCAGGAAGUUCCUUUUGUUGACAGCCCUAGUUUGUCACCUUUGUGUCCUGGCUGAUGUAACACGUUUCCCCAAUUGAUCCUGACCUCAUUUUUGAGGUAAACCAUAAAUCUCAAAUAUUCUCCCUGUGUUCAGUGACUAUUAGAGCAAAUGCCUGUGAUUAUCUCUGCCAGAUAACUCACUGCCCUCAGGUGGCAGAGCAUCAUCUGUAAUAAACGGAAUUUACUCAAACCUCAGAACCUGAAAAUCCUGUUCUCCUCCACUGCUUGAUGAUGCUGGAGCUCCAACCACCUCUUACAGAAAAUUAGUGGAGGUUCUCCUUGAAUCAAGUGGCUAGGAAGCCAAUAUUUAGGAACCCACUUCCCAUAAUUAUAUUUUACCUAUGUGACUUAA